ACAACAGAUGUAGUCACUGACCAGCUUUAAAAUUGGUUAUCAAAUUCCAAGAGUGUCGUUGAUCAAGUCAACGCUUGGGAUCGAUGGAUUAAAAUUUGGAGUCAGUUCACCGUGGAAAGCUUUUUUGAAAGUAAUAUUAAUGUGAUUAAAGCUAAAGUGUCUGUUGAAGACCAGAAAGAUUUGGAUGUAAUCAAACUUGAAAACCUUUUGCCAUGGUCUAACGAUGCCGUUCGUGGUCUUUCCGUAUUUUGCUAUGUGUCCGAUCUUGAACAGUCCCUAGUCCACUUUCUUUCUUUUAAACUGGGAAAGUGGGCAUCUGGUGAAAUGCAUUGCUUGAAAGGUGGUAUGCAUAAUUUGCCCAAAGCGUUUUUUAACAAUGAAAUAUUGAUUAAAGAUGACAUAGAAUACAAGAAGCAAGUGUAUGAAAUAAAUUACUGGUAUCAAGAAAAAUAUCCACAGAAAGAUGUCGUGGAGGUGUCAUGUUAUUCUAUCAAUGAUGCACCAAGUGUGUUUAAGGGAAAGGCAGUAAUUAUUACCACGCCGAUAAACAUUUUGCGUCAAAUAAAAUUCAAAUCAAAGCUUGAUGAUAUUAAAUCCCAGUUGGCAAUGAAAAAAAGCGUCCAGGCAAUGGGAAAUGUUUUUAAUCAGCAUUCAACAAAAAUCUUUCUUCAAACCAAAGAAAGAUUCUGGGAAAAUGAAGGAAUCAAAGGUGGUUUUUCAAAGACAAAUCUUCCCAUAGGCCAGAUUCAUUACGUCACCCCGGAGGACAGCAAAACAAGAGAAGGGCUUUUAAUGAUAUACACUUUGACGAAGGAGGCUCUGCUUUAUGGGUCGAUGAAAGAAGAAGUGGUAAAACAGAAAGUAGUUAAACAACUCGAAGAAAUUCAUCCAAACUUCAAAGAAGACAUGGUGACAACCUUUAUUGUUCAUGAUUGGAAUAAUCUGCCAUCUUAUCAAGGAGCGUAUGGAGCAGUGAAAACAUCUCAUUACGAAAGUACUAGGCAUUUAUGGGAGCCGAUGGGUAACGUUCAUUUCGCUGGUGAAAGAAUUUCUUUUACCCGUAUGUGGAUACAAGGUGCUUUAGAAAGUGGUUUAAAAGCUGCAUUUCAGGUUUAUGAACGACAUAUGGAAAGAACCUGGAACCAUACAUUGUGAGGUUUUUUUGUAAUUGAAAUUAAAGUUUGUGUCCACUAUUUAUGAAAACCUUUAUAGUCUACCUUUUAGUUUCAUGUACUUGGCCGCUGACGUACUGAUUUAUAACAUUUUCAACACACUUUUCUUUUUCUGUGUUCGCAUUUCAAGUAAUUUGUCUUUUCAAAAUUAAAUCAUAUUUUAAAA